GAAGCGGCAGGCGGGGAUACUGUAGCGGGGAUGCGCGAUCCAGCUAUUGUCAUAGAGAUCAGUGGGACCAGCUGUGUCCCAAUUGUUUUCUGUUUUGAAGCUGAACGCCGACAACCAGAUGUUGAACCGCGUUGUCUAUUUUCUUGUUUCCGGCACACACAUCUGUGACAGUAGACGAAGCUGCACAGGCGUUCGAUGCUGCAGUGGCUGCGGGACACCGGUCGAUUGCCUGCCAUGUGCACACUGUUCCUUUUGGCCCUCCUGUCCCUGGCCGUCGGGGCUGAAGACCAGCAGAGCCCGCCGCCCGCUUCCCAGUGCUCGAGCGACGAGUUAUCGGAGGGAAGUGCUUUGUCUUGCGGCUGCUCGUCCCUGAAACGGGGCGAGCGCGAUCCCGAGGCCGAGGAGACGCCGACGGAGCUGGUCCCAGACGAGCCCGGAGACGAGCCCGGAGGGGCUCCGACAGCGCGCACCGACCAGAUGGUGCUCAUCAGGGGCGGAGAGUUCAGCAUGGGCACGGACAAGCCGGUCUUCGUAGCCGACGGCGAGGCGCCGACGAGGAGGGUAGCCGUCUCCGACUUCUACAUGGACGUGCACGAAGUGAGCAACGCCGAGUUCGAGCGCUUCGUCAAGGAGACGGCCCACAAGACGGAGGCGGAAACGUUUGGAGAUUCCUUUGUCCUGGACAGCGCCAUCAGCGAGGAGACCAAGCGAGGGAUCACACAGGCGGUAGCCGCAGCCCCCUGGUGGCUCCCCGUGAAAGGCGCCAACUGGCGCCACCCCGAAGGCCCCGACAGCAGCAUCCGUCACCGGAUGGACCACCCCGUGGUGCACGUCUCCUGGAACGACGCGGUGGCCUUCUGCCACUGGGCGGGCAAGCGGCUGCCCACCGAGGCCGAGUGGGAGUACGCCUGCCGCAGCGGCCUCCAUGACAGGCUGUUCCCAUGGGGCAACAAGUGGGCCCCUGGCGGGGAGGCCAGGGCCAACAUCUGGGAGGGCCAGUUCCCCGGCGUCAACACGGCAGAGGACGGAUUCCCCGGGACCGCUCCGGUGACCGCCUUCCCGCCGAGCAAGUUUGGCCUGAAGAACAUCAUCGGCAAUGUCUGGGAGUGGACGAGCGACUGGUGGGCCACGCAGCACUCCAGAGAGUUCCAGACAAAUCCCAAAGGCCCCGAGACCGGCACAGACAAGGUGAAGAAGGGAGGGUCCUUCAUGUGCCACCAGAGUUACUGCUAUCGGUACCGUUGCGCCGCCCGGAGCCAGAACACGCCGGACACGAGCGCCUACAACGUGGGGAUCCGCUGUGCCUCAGACCAGCUGCCAAAGGGGGGCGCUGCACCACGCAGGACGGAGCUGUGAAAGCCACUUGAUUUAGAGAGGCAAUGUCGGCGUGGUGGCUGCGUCUCCGACUGCACCGCCCCGAAGGUGGUCCCCAAGUGGCAAGAAACGACGUGCCACGCUGUUGGGCGCGUUUGGGCAAAAUGUAGGGGCGGAUCUGACUAUGGCUUUCGCGUACUGCCAAGCUGCAGAAUGACUUGCCCCGGUGCCACCAUCUGGAGCAACAACAUGGCACACCGCGUUAUUUGCUGGAAAUUGAGGGACCACAUUUGAGGGCACGGUAAAGUCGGAGACGCACUCCAGGCACCAUAUGCGAGCAACCAUUUCAAUAUGAUAGAGUGACAAUGCCUUUGACGUCUAUAGGAAAAAAAAUGCAGUUACACUAUUAGUGCAAGUUCACUGGAAAUCUGAAAACUACUAAAAAUGGGCAUUGAUGGUAUUUUUAUGAUUUUGGAGUAGUUUAAUAGACCACUUUGCAACUUGUUAGCAUUACGGUAACCAUGCCCACUUUUGAAGUGCUCUAUGGCAUUAACAUUUUCGAAGCUGUCUUUUUUGGGGGGUCAAAUACUAGUAGUCGAUUUAUUCCCGAUUCUCUCACCGCUCACUGCCCAUGUUGCAAGUUUGGAAUGGCACUUUUUCACCAUAAAUGAGAGUUGAGAAAAAGAGGGGUUGCAGCGAAGAGGAACUGUGCGAAGUUCGUCGGACAUUCAGCCUUCCGGCGUUGUCUCAGCGGCUUGAAAGGCUGCUGAGACAACGCAAGAAUGCGGGACCAUAUGGCAUACUGACCACAAAUGGGCAGUGUUGCCAGCUGGUGAAAUUUGCCACCCAAUUUUGGAGAUUGUGCCUAAUUCUCGAACCGUCGGUGUCCCCGUUAGUGGAUUGCAACACCAGGUGAGGUGUCUCAGAAAGUGCUGCCGCUUUAUUGAAGUAGAGCAUUAGAGCGACAGACCUAAAACACCAAGAUGAUGGAAAAUAGUUAGCAGGAAAGCAACUUGCCAGGGAGUAUGCAUAAUGGUAGCAUGUCAGCCGGUGGAUGGCCUCCAACCUUCCUGAUAGCGUCAGUAUUUUUAGGUCUGCUUUUGAGAUGAGUUUUCUUCUAAUUUCAUCAAAGCACACACAUUUCAAUUGCAAGUAAGUUUUUUUUUUUUUUCUAUGUCACUCAAUUGUUAUUAAAAAAAAACAAUUUCAUGCGGUGCAUGAACUACUAUAAGAAAAAUCCCUCUUUUUCUCUCGAGAUGAGAUUAGAAUGAGCAGGAUGACACUGCUGGUGCAUUUUUUCCCCUGUAGCCUCGUGACAUUGAGGACCUUGAGAUACCUGAAAGUGAUCUUUCUCAAAUUUCUAUUCUCAAUACAAAUUUCUUUUGGGCAUUUUUAUGUUAAUUUCAUUGUCUGGUGAAAUCCACGAGAGUGGUGUCGUGACCACCUUGCUCUCUGGCAAUGUCGUUGGUUUCUAGUGGACCGUUGCGCAAUCCAUGUUCAUGUCAAGUUCUUUUAUCCGAAAAGCUGCAGAAAAAUUGGCUGGGUCUUGAUUCAAUUUUAGCCGCUUCGUCAUUGUUUCUUGGCAUAUCCUUAUUUUCUUUGCCGUGUUUUUGGUACUUGGUCCAAAUGUACAUAUAAGUGCAACUCUUUUUUUAACCAGAAAAAAAAAGGGUCUAAGGCACAAUUAUACAUUGGUUGUGGCAACUUUCGCAUCAGCCUUUGCUACGCAAGUAAGAUGUAAUUGAUAUGUUUUUUUCCCGGCUGUUAUGUUGGUUCGUAACUGCCAAUGAUGGCAGCACCCGUAGUUGCGCGUAGAAUAACGGCAAGGAGGUCAUCCACUGGCUGAACUCCUUGCCACACUCUAGAGAAAGUGCUAUGAAAGGAUACCACUUUCUCUGGAGCUUGGUGCAUGUGUGUGCAGCCACUGCAUGGUGGAAGGCAAUGGACACAUGCUGGGGGCAUCCCAAAGAGACACCUUGCCUGUUUCAUCCUGUCGGCAAAUCUGUUUCUAUAUUUAGUCUUUGUUUAGAGUUCUAUUUUUCUAUUUCUAGCUGUUUUAUAUUAUGCCACUUUUGUAACCUUGUUUGACUUGCACUAUCUUUUAUCUACUCUCCUGGAACUUAUGCUGAAUUUUUUUUUUUCGAAGAAAUACUUUGCUUAACAUUACCUUUCUAUGGUGCUGCGUGUUUGUAUUCAUGUGUGGUGAUCUCAAUGUAUAAAGCAAACUAUGCAGUUCUCAAAAUAUUGUUAAGAGGAUAAAAUUGACUAAUACAUUAUAAAGUAUUUAAAGUUGUGUAAGACUUAUGGAUCAGUUAUUUAUAUAUAUAUAUUUUUAAACGAAGACCAUAACCUUUCUUUAAAAAAAAAACUGCAGGUAAAUUCGGCGAAAUUUUGAUGAAACUAAAUUAACAGAAUUGUGGCCAAUUCAAGAGCUCAGUGGUUUGGAAACUUGAUAAGAAAACAUUUUUCUGGCGUACCCAAGCGGCGUAGGAAGACGGCGUCGUAUACAGUUUUAUAGUCUGUGAGAAAUUAAUUGACCAUGUUGAAUAUACCUGAGACUGGGGCAGAAAUGAAGAUAAAAGUCGAAGAAACAGAAAGGGACAGGACGACGUCUCAAUUAAUUGAAACUGUUUCGGGGAAAUAAAUUUGAUCAUUGCUAGAAUACCGUAAUUUACAUGUCACUACAAAAGCUCUGUUAGGUGGUGCUUUAGUCUUAUGAUAAAAUUAUUGGAGAAACCUGUUUCAUUUGCAAGGUACAGAUAAAAGCCAGAAUUUUUCUAUGGAUUGUUUUGGAACUAAGCUUUGUCAUUAUGGAAAAGCCUUGUGGGCCAUAUGACGUUUCAUUGAGCAGAAGCAGGGAAGAAAAUCGCCUGGUUUUGUCCUGUCAGAUGCUCCAGUGGGCCACAGCCGGAUGUUCUCGUUUUGGCACGUCUUAAAUGCAUGUCGGUCUAUGGGAUUUUGAUUGACGUAACUUCCUUCAAUAUCUUCACUAAACAGAUCACCUUUGAGGUAAACGACUGUAAUAUAACUGGUAAAACUAGAUCUUUACAUUCAUUUGAACUGGGUUUGGCCCAUUUAAUUGGGCAGUAUAUGUAUGUACAAACAUCUACAUGAGGGCAGCUAAAAAAAUUUUGAUCGAAUGACGGAGAACUUUGAUAAGAAGUGCUUGCUAUUUUGCUGGGAGCAAAGGUGACUGUUGCAUUUGGAAAUGGCCACCUAUAAAAAUGUCCUAAAGUGCUAAUUGCUCAAGACAUCUAUACAUUGGUCUUGGAGGUUGAUGCAAAUCUGUCUUUGCAACCUUUGGUAACAUUUCAUUCUAACUUGAUUGGCGAUGACAACCCCUUGGCUCCCUCACAUUUAGGGCUGCGAGUGUGGUUAUUGAAAUGUAUACAAAACCACCUCACUACGAUAAACGUGUGCAACUCAUGUUUGUCAGACACGGGCUGCUGUUGCAUUAUUAGAUGAGAGUGAGUUGUUUCAUUGUUGCAGAACACUGUUAAUGAAAAGCUUCAAAUUGCAUCUUUUGCAUUGGUUUAAAUGUUCUUUUUAGUAAAAGGCAACUGGUGGUGGGUACCAGACAUUAUAUCGAA